AUGGUGUCCCAACAACAACAUCCUUUCAAAGUCUAUGUGAGAUGGAGACCACUAAAUACAACUGAGUCUGAAUCAUCCCUGCCGGAGAUCGAGCGCAGUAUCGGCCAGGACGAAGAAAAAGCAAACCACGGGCAAUCGACAUCGAUAUCACUUUCAUCGCGUUCUACUUCCAAUAGAGUGCGGACAUGGAAGAGCGCAGCUUCAUUCACAAAGGUGUUUCCCACAACCGCCAUCAACAGGGAAGUAUAUGCGGACGUGGUGGCGCCCACGUUUCCUCACGUCAUGGAAGGUGGAGGGACGUGCAAUUUCUUUGCGUACGGCCAUUCAGGUAGUGGUAAGACGCACACAAUUUUGGGGUACGACUAUGAAGACGACCGACAUCUCGGACUGUGCCUUUUGACGGCACGCGAGUUGUUUCACGCAAUCGACGAGCUCAGCAAGGACUCGGAGGAAAUGACCCCAGGAGGAACGGAAGGACAGACUGAGUGUGUGGGAAAGGAGAAACUAGGCGUGGCAGUCCGGCUGUACGAAGUUCGCGGGAAAUGCGCAUACGACCUCCUCAACAACGGCACAGAAUGUCAUGUCCGCGAGGGUCCUGAUGGCCAGACCCAUAUCCGUGGUCAAACGGAGAUCCUGGAGGACGGAAAAGUCCGAGUUCGUCCAAUCGUCGCGAGGCCAUGUUGGUCGUUUGACGAGCUUCGCAAAGUCGUCUUGGAUGGACUGCAAGAAAGAAAAACCGGGUCGUCUUCAAUCCACGACAGAAGCUCGCGUACCCAUGCUGUUCUCGAGCUCGAGGUCGUUAAUGAGUUGUUGCUGGAGGCGCGCGACGCCGUUAUCGAGCGCGAAUCCGAGCUGGUGCCGUUCGGAAAGAAAGCGACGGAUGUCUAUUUGGAGGAAAAUAAAAAGGCGUACAUCCCAUCGCCGGAAGGACGGUGGGUGCCGAACCCCGAGUAUUCGGUAGACCAACAACGGAUUGAUGCGGCCGAGGCUGAGAAGGCGAAAUACGAGGCAAGGUUGAGGGAAGCUGAGGAUGCGGUUGCCGAAUGUUUGAGGAGGCGUCAACAUCCGUGUCUAGGAGGAAAAUUUGUCUUUGUUGACCUUGCUGGAUCUGAGUUUUUUGAUCGCGCGGAUGAUGCGGUCAGAGGCGGACCGAAGCAGACUCCCCAGGAACGGCAGCAAGGGCGACAAAUCAAUUCAGACCUUUUCGCCCUGAAAGAGGUGAUACGUGCUAGAGCGCUCGGUCAAGCACGUAUCCCGUUCAGGUCUUCCCCAUUGACAAUGAUCUUGCGCAGUCACUUUGUGGCCACCGCCACUGGCAAGGGACAGGGACAGUCUGCCAUGAUUCUGACCGUGUCUCCUGCUGAGCAGCAGUUCAUAGCAACCAUGAACACGCUGAAGUAUGGUAACUUGGUUGGGGUUGCUGGUGAGACUAAGAAGAAUUGA